GCUUCCGGUCCUAGAUUCGGAGCCAACGCCCUCGCUCGUCCGGAGGGGAAACGACGCUGCUGCUGGGAAGAUGGAGGCCACGGCAACUCUCCCGCCAUCGACUACGGCCUCGGCCAUGGCGACGGCCACAGCAGCAGCUCUCGGAGAGGUGGAAGAUGAAGGACUCCUGGCAUCGCUGUUCCGGGACCGCUUCCCCGAGGCUCAGUGGCGAGAGCGACCCGACGUGGGCCGCUACCUCCGAGAGUUGAGCGGCUCUGGGCUGGACAGGCUGCGGCGCGAGCCCGAGCGCCUGGCGGAGGACCGGGCGCAACUGCUGCAGCAGACACGCGACUUGGCUUUCGCCAACUAUAAGACCUUCAUCCGCGGCGCCGAGUGCACCGAACGCAUCCAUCGCCUCUUCGGCGACGUGGAGGCGUCGCUCGGCCGCCUACUUGACCGCUUGCCCAGCUUCCAGCAGAGCUGCAGGAACUUUGUGAAGGAGGCUGAGGAGAUCAGCUCCAACCGCCGAAUGAACACCCUGACUCUGAACCGGCACACAGAGAUCCUAGAAAUCCUAGAGAUUCCUCAGCUUAUGGAUACUUGUGUCCGCAACAGCUAUUAUGAAGAGGCCCUGGAGCUUGCAGCCUACGUACGCCGACUGGAAAGAAAAUACUCCUCCAUCCCUGUCAUCCAGGGUAUUGUGAACGAAGUGCGCCAGUCCAUGCAGCUGAUGCUGAGCCAAUUGAUCCAGCAGCUGAGGACCAAUAUCCAGCUCCCCGCAUGCCUCCGUGUCAUUGGCCACCUGCGGCGCAUGGAUGUCUUCACAGAGGCUGAGCUGAGGGUUAAGUUUCUUCAGGCACGAGAUGCAUGGCUGCGUUCCAUCCUGACUGCCAUCCCCAAUGAUGAUCCCUAUUUCCAUAUCACAAAAACCAUCGAGGCCUGCCGUGUCCACCUCUUCGAUAUCAUCACCCAGUACCGUGCCAUCUUCUCAGACGAGGAACCACUGCUGCCCCCUGCCAUGGGGGAGCACACUGUGAAUGAGAGUGCAAUCUUCCAUGGCUGGGUGCUACAGAAGGUCUCACAGUUCCUGCAGGUGCUGGAGACUGACCUUCACCGGGGGGUAGGCGGCCGCCUGGACUCCCUGCUGGGCCAGUGCAUGUACUUUGGGCUGUCCUUCAGUCGAGUGGGGGCUGAUUUCCGGGGCCAGUUGGCUCCUGUUUUCCAGCGGGUGGCCAUUAACACCUUCCAAAGAGCCAUUCAGGAAGCAGUGGAGAAGUUUCAGGAUGAAAUGAACUCUUACACCCUCAUCUUGAUUCCAGCCAUCCUGGGUAGCAGUAACAUUCCUGCUGCCAUGCCGGUGACUCAGCCGGGGACGCUGCAGCCACCCAUGGUGCUAUUAGACUUCCCACCCCUUGCCUGCUUCCUCAACAAUAUUCUGGUCGCUUUCAAUGACCUGCGCCUCUGCUGCCCCCUGGCCCUGGCGCAGGAUGUGACUAGGGCCCUGGAGGAAGCACUUGCCAAGGCAACCAAAGUAAUCCUGGCCUUCCAUCGUGCUGAGGAGGCUGCCUUCACCAGUGGGGAGCAAGAGCUGUUUGUCCAGUUCUGCACUGUCUUCCUGGAAGACCUCAUUCCUUACUUAAAUCGCUGUCUCCAAGUGCUUUUCCCACCAGCUCAGAUCGCACAAACUUUAGGCAUUCCACCCACUCAGCUCGCCAAGUACGGCAACCUUGGGCAUGUGAACAUCAGUGUCAUCCAGAAACCUCUCGCCUUUAUCCUGCCAAAGAGAGAGAGGGUCUUCUGUCUAGAUGAAAAGGAAGUAGUGCCUGAACUCACAGCUGCAGCCCCAGAAAUUCCGGUGGAAGAGCCAAGCCCGGAAUCUCCUGAGUGUGGGCCAGUUUCUCUCGAGAGUGGGUUAGAGGAGGCUGAGUCAGAGCUGCAGCAGGGGGAGCCGCUGCCGGAGGAGCUAUUGCAGGGGGAGGCAUUGUAGGCGGA